GCAGGCUCUGCAACAGGUCGAUGCGAGGAUCGCAGUCAAUGGCAUUUUCAACGGCAUUAGAGAUAGGAUCAUAGACAGUGGCGGGUACAAUGGCAUUAGAAUUAGGAUCACAGACAAUGGCAGCUACACCCACAACGAAAAGUGAUUUUUGACAGGGACAAAAAUAGCUAGUUUGGGCAUUGGCAAAGGAGAUCUAAGAAUGUUCUCCACAGAGGUAGUGGCAAGGGUCAGAUCAUGUGGAGGCAGGGAAAAAAGGGCAUGUGGAAGCAACUGAUAUUUGAUAUUUUUGGAGAAGAUUCCUCGCCCAAAGGAUCUCUCGCUUUUCCAAACAAUAUUUCAAUCAAAGGAGGUUUCUUCAAUACAAAGAUGACAUCUAGGGCAGAGGUCGAGGUGUCAUGGAGGAAUGGAGAAGUUAAGCGACCGAAGGCUCCGGGAACAUUGCCGAGAGAUGCCAACGUUGCGGGGAGGACGAUUGAUCGGCAGAGGAUUUCUUUCCCGGAAGACAUUCUCAACUCCCAGAUUGACGACCUUCUGAAUCGUGCCCUAAUAGGCCAGUUUGCCAAUCUUGAAGAACAGGCUAAGAAUGUUAAAGAAGAAACGGCUAUGCAAAGAAUAUUAAGUCGUCUUUUGAAAAAUUUGUUUUAGUAGGUAUUACAUGUUAAGCAAAGAAAACAAGAUUAGUUCAAAUGCAAUAUAAACACUGGAUAAAUGUCCUAGACCCAAUUUUCAACAAACUUGAUAAAAUAUUCCACUUAAACUCAUAUAGACAUUUCUGUCAAACAGUUUGCAUUGAUGAAGUAAUUCCUAGACACUUUAAUAAAUUGUU